AUACAUAUCGAUUUUUGCCAUCCAAUUGGGAUAUCUAUUUUCUUGGAUAUUGUAGCUAUACUGAAGGGUUUGGUCGUCUAUUGGAUGGCCAAAGUAUUUUAUCACCUUACGUAAUACGUAAAUCUCAUCUACCAUACUGUCUUCAUAGUUACGCUGUUUCACGAUCUGGCAUCCUCAAAUUAGUAGAAAGACUCAACCCAAUAACUGGCACAAUUGAUUCAACAGUUGUUAAUUUAUUUGGGUUAGGAUAUAUUGAUUCUUAUUCUCUUGAACCAUUGGUAACGGUACAGUGGCGUUCUUCAAUUAAUCCAUCAGACAUUGCACCUGAUGAUAAAUAUUAUUAUUUCACCUCUCUAAAACAUUCCGCUUUAGAGCAUUUUGGACUUGUUAAAGAAACUAAUAAUACUCUUGGGUUUAAUAAUAUUUACCUUAUUAAUUAUGAGGACGAUCCAGACUAUCAAAAAAUAGUUAGAAAAUUAACAAAAAUGUCAUAUAGAUUAUGUUUAGUUUUUACUAAUUUCAGUGCUAUUUCCUCUUAUUCAAAUCAUUAUGAAGUCUACAAAUCAAUUAUUAAUUAUAAAUAUGGUAGUGCUUUGAUUUUAGAAGGCGAUAUAGACAUUGAACUUAGAAUCACAUCAAUUAUGGUCGAUAUACAUCGAAUUUUACCUACUGAUUGGGACAUUAUAUAUCUUGGUUAUUGUAAUAAUUCUGAAGGUAAAUCUGGUGAACCUUUACCAGGCAGUAAUAUUAACUCAUCUGAUUAUAAAUUAUUUAAAUCUGAGAAGCCAUAUUGCACAUUUGCCUAUGCUGUCUCAUAUUCUGGUGCUCUUAAGUUAUUAGAAAAACUUGGCAACUCAACAAAAUCAUCACAUAGACCACUUGAUGUCGAACUAGUUAACAUUAUUCAAUCGAGAGAAAUUAAUUCAUAUACUCUUGUACCGCCAAUUAUCAUUAAAUCCGAAAAAUCACAUUAUGUUAAAGAAAUUUCUGACAUACAUAUUUUAAAAAAUUCUACUAAAGAAUAUUUUAAGUUAGAUGCAUAA